AUGGCUUGCUUCGUUAGUAUCAACUGCGGAUACGCAGGCCCCCCGUUUGUGGACAAACUCACCGGAAUAAGGUGGCAUUCAGAUCAAUACUUCAGCACAGGAGUGCCCGGCACUGCUCCCCCUCCCAAGGGCAAGCAGUGGGGGCCGUAUGACGUGGAAGCGACCAUGCGAGUCUUUACAGAGUACCCCGUUAAUUGUUAUAACAUCCCGGUGGCCAAGCCUGGGAGGUAUCUGCUGCGGCUGGUGAUGUACUAUGGGAAUUACGACAAGGCCAAGAGUCCACCCGCGUUCAACGUCUCCUUUGGGAUCUCAUUCGCAGCGACGGUGGUGCUGGCUCUAAAGGAGAGGGUGGUCUCAGAAAUCAUCGGCCAAGUUGACUCCACAGAGCUCGAGGUGUGCUUCGUGAGCAUCUACGGCAAGCCCCUGGUGAACGCGCUGGAGCUGAGGCCACUGCCGCCAGAGUCGUACGUGUCGCUGCCCGACCCCUCGGGCGUCAUGCUGCUCUGGUGGCGCCUCUUCUGCGCCAACGACUCGCUCACCAACCGCAGUCUUCGCUACCCCUACGACCCAUUGGAUCGCAUCUGGGAUGCAGAUGGCGUGAUGGCCACUAGCGGGGGCGCUGCCUCGUCCACCCUCAUGUUCGACUACUCUUUCGACUCCUACGUUUUCGGCACGCCGAUUAAUGUCAAGCCGGCCAUAGGGGCUAGAGCUGUGGCAGCAGCUACUUCUGCUGCGUUUGGCACUGGGGAUUCGGGUGAAACGGUGGGGGGAGAGAGUGCGUCGGAAGAAGCAGGGGAGGCAGCGGGAGCGGAGGCAGCAGCAACAGCAACAGCGGCGGCAGCAGCAGCGGCGGGAGCAGGAACAGCAGCAGCAGCAGCAGCAGCAGCAGUGGUUGGUGAAGCAGGCGGGUCACCAGCAGAAGAAGCAGCAGAAGCAGUAGCAGAAGAAGCAGCAGAAGCAGCAGAGCAAGCAAUCACGGCGAACGGCACAGCCAAUGCCGUUCCUCCCUUCCUACAGCUCACAGCACGAACAGUACCACAGGCACCCACAGUAACCAUGGGCAGCAGCAGUGGGCUGGAGUACCAGUUUCAGUUCCUCGAGAGCCCUGCGAAUUUCCAGCUGAUUAUGUACUUUGCGAACGUGGAGGGGCGGGUGAAGCGGGCGGGGGACAUGGUGUUUGAUAUCCUGUUAAAUGAGCAGGUGGUGGUUGCGAGAUUUGAUCUGUUUCUGCAGCUGCAAGGGGUGAGGGCGGUACGGGCUGGGACAAGAGGCAUAGGUGCAAGUGGGGUGAGUGGAAGUGGCGUGGGGGGAAGUGCUGCUGUUGAGAGUGGCGGUGGCGAUGUGACUGCUCAUGUUGCUGCUGUAGGCCUUACUGCUACUCCUGCCGGUGUGACACCCACUGCAUCGCCUCUUCCUCCACCCGCUGCCACCGUUCCCUCCACUCCUCCGCCUCCCCCCCUUUUCCCUGCUGCUCCUGCACCCGCUUCUGCUGCUUCUAGGACCAGCAGCAGCAGCAGCAGCAGCAGCAGCGCCACUGAUAGUAGCCUGUACGCGCAGCAGGUGGUGAUGGUGGUUGUGAAUUUCACGAGUGUGGAUCUCUACACGCCCGCCGUCCUGCUGCUGAGGCCAGCUGCUAGCAGCCGCCUCCCACCUGCCAUCAGCGGCAUCGAGAUGUACGAGGUGUUCCCUGCUGCCAAGCCAACGCCCCCUGCUGAAGUUGCUGCCCUGCGUGAUUUUCAAAGUUUGCUGGGGGCGCCAGCGUCACUGGCAGGGUGGCAGGGGGCGGAUCCCUGCAACCCCAUCAAGUGGGCGGGCAUUCAGUGCAUUCAGGCGCAGGGGGACAGCGCAUCACACGUCAGCGGCAUCUACCUGGGCAACUACAGUCUCCACGGCCCCAUCUCCCCACUGCUGGCUAACAUCUCCUUCCUCCAACACCUCUGGGUGAAUGACAAUGAGUUGGUGAAAGAGAUUCCCAGCUCCCUUGGCGAUCUCGGGGAUCUCUCCACACUUCUACUGCAGAACAACCAUCUAACGGGGCAGGUGCCCCAGUCCCUCACCAACCUCACCAAUCUGGUGCAGCUCAACGUGGCGAACAACAGCCUCACGGGAGUGUUCCCCUUCAACAUGACCACGCAGUUCAUCCAAGUCGUUGCCACGGGCAACGACCUCUGCUCUCCCCAGGGCCUAUACGAUCUCCCCAACUGCGGAGCCCUCCCCCCUCCGCCCCCUUCUCCCCCCUCCCCCUCCGCUCCCCCACCCACACCGUCCCCCAUCUCCCCCGCUCCCCCUUCCGAGCCCUCCGUUCCUCCCUCUCCGACUGCUGACUCGACUCUUGCCACCGCUGCUACAGAUGCAGCCACAGGUGCAGCAGCAGCAGCAGCAGCAGCUACAGCAGCAGCUGCAGCAGCAGGAGGAGCAGCAGCGGUGGCGGAGGCGGCGCACAACGGACAAAAAACGCCACCCAACGGGCUGGCGGUGGAGCCGGCGCCGUUCACUGUGCCACCCACGCACGUGCAGCGGAUGAGCCUGGCGGAGCUGGAGGAGGCGACAGGGGGGUUCUGUGAGGAGCAGAUGAUCGGUGCAGGGGGGUUCGGACCGGUGUAUCGUGGUGUGCUGGCAAAUGGACGAGUGGUGGCAGUGAAGCGACGUGCAGUGGAUUCGAUGCAGGGAUCUACAGAGUUCAACAAUGAGCUCAAGUUCCUGUCCAAGAUACGGCACCCCCACCUGGUGGCGCUUAUUGCCUUCUGUGAGGAGCAGGGGCAGCAGCUGCUGGUGUAUGAGUUCAUGGCGCAGGGCAAUUUGAGGGAACACUUAUACGACCGGUUGGGAGCGCCAAGGGGGCGGUUGCGGUGGCUGCAGCGCCUCUCCAUCGCUGUUGGUGCCGCCAAAGGGAUUGAGUACCUGCACGUGGCCCUGCGUCCAUCCAUCAUCCAUCGGGACAUCAAGACCACCAACAUUCUCCUCGACGACAGCCUCUGCGCCAAGGUCGCUGACUUUGGGCUGUCCCGCCUGGGGCCGCAGGACAACACGCACGUCUCCACCAACGUCAAGGGCACGGCUGGUUACUUGGACCCAGAGUACUACACGGUGCAGCAAUUAACCGAUCGCAGUGACGUGUUCAGCUUUGGAGUGGUGCUGCUGGAGCUGGUCAGCGGGCGGCAACCCAUUGACCUCAGCCGCCCACGAGUCGACUGGAACAUCAUUGACUGGGCACGCAAGCACCUGCAGCAGGGGGACAUAGAGGCAAUAGUCGACCCCACACUGCCCCCUUCAGAAUACCUCCUGGACGCAAUGUGGAAGGUGGCUGAGGUGGGCAUUCUCUGUGUCGAGCCCAUGGGAAUCAACCGGCCGAGUAUCAGUGAGGUGGUUCGGGAGCUUGGAGAGGCUGUUGCUAUGGAGUUAUCGAAUACGCCUGCACCACAUGGGGAUUACAUGAUGCUGCGGAAGGUGCAGCAAGGGGUGUUGUCGCCGCCUGUUCCGCAGGAGAAACGGCAUUUCUCUGCUGAGGACAACCCGCGGUUCGCCUCGCCGUUCUUGCAGCCCGGAUUCCAGCCCCGGGCAGGCGGCCGAGAUUUCGAAUCUGCCCGAGAGCCGGCAGGGGGUUAUGGUGUUGGGGGGGAUUUGGAGGGGAAGAGGCGGAUGAGUGAUGGGGAAGUGGUAGCAAUGCCUCCUCAUCGCGCUACGGCGAUGUGGAUCGCCGUCGUAAUUGCGGUGUCGCUCGCCCUCGCCCCCUCAGCAGCAGCGCUGCGCUAUGGCCAAUCGGAGCCCCCACCCAAGCUGGACUAUGCGUCAUGCGCCGCGGAGGUGGAGGAGUGGGUGGACGUGCAGAUGGCUGAGACAGCGGAGGUGCAGUGGCAGCGGGAGGAGCGAAUGGCUAGCGGCGAGAGCCCCAUGCCGCAGACGCUCUUCUUUCUCCAUGUGGCUCGUGCGGGAGGGAGGACGUAUCACCAGUGCUUCCUGAGUACGCUCAUGCCCAGCACCGUGCAGUGCAACAUGUCAUACCACGUGCUGCGAGACGACCCCACCAUGGGCUGUCGCCUGCUGGCCACGCAUGACGACUACGGCAUGACCACUCAGCUCCCUCCCGGCGCCGCUACAGGCGUUACCACUCUUUUCCGAGAGCCUCUCGACCGCGUGCUCUCCAUGUACGAGUUCUCCGUGCACAUCUCGGGGCGCAGCAUGGGGCUGGACCUGAAGCAGCUGCCGGAUGAGACGCUGUACGCCGCACGGAGGAAGAUGCGCGAGCAUUACAGGAACCUGGUGCCGACAGACACGAGGAACGUGUGGCCGUGGACGCUGCUUUCUGUCACGAUGGAGGAAGAUCUCUGGGACCGGCGUGACUUCACUGGCAUUCCCCCUCCACCGGUGGGUUUCGACGAGGGCCGUGACGACAUGUACUCCCGUGCACACCUCGUGAUGCCUCUGAGGGACUUCAUCGAGCUGCCCUUGGCACAUGACGUGGUGCACAAUGGUGCAACCUUCCAGCUAGCGGGCAUCACGAACAACAGUGUGCUGCCAGAGGCGAAGCGGCUGAGGCAGUGUGUGCUGCAGCACCCGGAGCUGGGAGGAGAGAUGCUGAAGCUCGCUAAGGCGCGAGUCGAUGCUCUCAUCCAUCUGGGCUUCACCGACCGCAUGGAGGAGUCAAUCGAGCUGCUGCUGGCUGUGAUCGACCGCUCCCUCUCCUCCCAGGCCUUCACCCUCCCUGGCAAGAACCCCCGGGGGCGAUGCAAGAGGCCCAAGAAGAAGGCCAAGGAGAGAGCGAUGCCGUGGAAGAGCAUCAGGGAGCAGUACGCGGAGUGCCUCAAAGACCAGAUGGAGCUCACUCAGCUGAACGAGCUCAUUGCCUUCCGCCACAUGGGGCCGCUCAAGUUCUCCAGGAAGGAACGAGCGCGCAUUCCAGAGGAUGUGAUGAGGCGCAUCAAGGAGCUGAACGCUCUUGACUUGGAGCUCACUGAAUACGCGCGCGACAAGUACACUCAGAUGCUGGACAAGUAUCGGCCUAUGAUGGAAGCAAUUGGAAACCCAUCCACCGACCGCUGCUGA